UACAUACUUCAUUCGUUUUUCAUAAAGGAAAUACAAAGUUAAAAAUGGACAACUAAAAAUAAACGGAGGGAGUAAAAUUAUUAAACCGGAAAAUAAUAUAGGAUACCUGCUAGAAUAAAGUAAAAACACUGAUACUAUAAGAGUUGUUUACGUUAUCGGUAUGUAUAAAUUAAACUUAUAAUUCACUAGUGAUGCCUUGUACAAAGAAUUUAACGAAAACAAUGUGACAUUGCAGUCGGGAGUGCCUGGUAAUGGUCAGUGGAGGAAGCGGAAUUGCUCCCAUGAUUUCCAUAAUCCGAGAGCUCAUUUACAGAAGCACACAACCCAACACCAAAGUACCAAAGCUGAUCCUAAUUUCAGCAUUCAAGAACACAGCUGAUCUCACAAUGCUAGACCUCUUGCUUCCUCUCUCCACCACUCCUGCUGAUAUUUCAAACUUAGAUUUGCAAAUCGAAGCAUAUAUUAGUAGAGAAAAUGGACAAGAAUAUAACAUUGAAAGUGCCCAUCACAAGCAACUCAUCCAGACAAUAGUGUUCAAACAUAAUCCAAAUGACUCCGCCAUUUCUGCAGCCCUUGGCCCAAGCAGUUGGCUAUGGCUCGGCGCGAUAAUUUCGUCCUCAUUUGUCAUGUUUCUCCUUUUGUUAGGCAUUGUCACACGUUACUCCAUAUACCCAAUUGAGCGCGAUGGCAGGCUCUAUCAUUACAGUGCAAAAAUCAUUUGGGACAUGUUCUUGGUUUGUGCCUCCGUUUUUAUUGCCACCAGCAUCAUUUUUAUGUGGCAAAAAAGGGACAAUGAAGCUGAAGGGAAACAAAUUCAGAAUGUGGAACUACCUACCCCUACAAGUUCACCUGCAAGUUUAUUAUGUGGUACAGAAAGGGAACUGGAAAGUCUUCCCCACCAGUCUCUUGUUCAAGCCACUAAGGUGCAUUAUGGUGCUAGGCCUGAUCUAAAAAGAAUACUUUUUGAUUGCAAAGCAUCAGAUGUUGGAGUUGUAGUUUGCGGGCCACAGAGCAUGAGACAUGAAGUUGCCAAAAUAUGUGCUUCUGGCUUGGCAGAAAACCUGCAUUUUGAGGCUAUCAGCUUUAAUUGGUGAUGUUUGGGUUUGCAAAACGAGGACAGAUGUGUGGUUUUAUAAUACUGUUUCUUUUUCUUUUUUCUUUCUGGUUAAUUGCUACUCAAUUUGGAAGGAUUGGCUUUUGGAUUGUUUGUUGUGUGCAAGUUUCUAAGUGUUUGUUGUGUGCAAGUUUCCAAGACAGGGCAAAGAAAGUUGUGUUGUGUACAGCUUAACCUGUUCAAAAGUUGUAUAAAAAUAAUAUGCUCUUAUAAUGUUUUACGUAUAAAGAAAAUAAUGAGCAUCUUUAUGUAAA